UUGUCUCCACAAUAAGACGUCACCUUUACUGCUCCCCGCGUCUUUUCCUCAUCGUCUAUACCAGGCUUCAACAUGCCAUUCAGACAGGCGCUGCAGGGCAUCAUCGACAAGGCCGACAAGGCGUGGGAGGAAUUAAGCCACCACAGCCAGCCCCCGCCUGUUCCGACCUCCAGCAAACCACCAGCUUACCAGAACCCGCCCUCGCCCCCGCAGCUCUACUGGCGGCCGAAUCUCCAUCCUCAAGUCCCGGUGUCCGCCAACUUUGCCCACGAACAGGGCCAGCAUGGCUGGGGCAACAACGAGGCGCAGAAUUAUACCGACAGCCCGCAGAAUUCCCUCCAUUCCACCCAGGGCGACGCGGUGAUUGUGCGCGCUCUGAUCCACCACGGACACCCCGAUCCCGCCCAGAAGUUCACCAGCGCCCGGCUGUCGAGUCGCCAGACCCUCGACCGCCCCCGGGGCUGUCUGUCGGCCAGAAUCACGGCACCCGUGGCUCGCGGGAUCUGGCCUGCCUUCUGGCUGCUGCCGAAAGACCCUUUCCAGUGGCCCGAGGAUGGCGAAGUCGACAUUAUGGAAGCGUGGAACGGCGAGGCGAUCAACCACAGCUGUCUGCAUUGGGGCCACUUCAACGGCCAGGACUGGAACAAACAUCGUGUGCUCGAAACCCCCAUCCCCAGGAUCAGCUCGCCGACGGGCCUGAGGUACGAUUUUGUCUGGGAUGAGGAUGAGACAACGGGUCGGGGGCGCUUCGUCUGGUUGAUUGACGGCACGCCCGUCAUGAGGGCCGAGAAGCCGCCGGGCACGAGGAAGAUGAGGGAGUUUAGAAUCCUCAUCAACAUCGCUGUGGGAGGAAAUGUCUGUCAGGGACAACUGCCCGGCGAUGGAUGCUAUGAGAUGGUGGUUCGUGAGUUGGCCAUGUGGGAUGCGCCGCCUGGCGGUUGGAAAGAGUUUGAUAGGCUUUGGAGGGAUGCCAGAGAUGGCCAUGCCAUGUAAGGAAUUAUGCUAUCCCUACUUAGAGAUAUUAGUCCUGAUUCUAUCAUAUGUUCAGUCUCGGCUGUUUAGAUAUAUGAAUAGCUGGAAGCCUUUCUGUAAAGGGUACUGCCAUUUAUCUAGGCAUUAAGGAAGGUAUAAUAGUGAUUCUAUUAAUUUU